CAAAAUACGCUUCCUCACAUCAGAGAUGAUACUCUGAAUUAGGUGAGCUGUAGUCCACGUUUACGAGCCGAUCAGAUCCCUUCCCAGCUAAUUUUCCAGCAAGUGUAUCUUGUCAACAGAAGUACUACAGGAUAGUCUAGUGUAUAAACGUGACAUCUGGAUUGUUUGAAGGGGUGAAGGGAAAUGAUAUGUAAUGUUAUCAUAGUAAUAGCUGUUAGUUGUGAUAUAUAAAUUGAUAUUUGUUAAAUUUCAAUUUAAUAUAAUAUAUUUGUUUAGCAGCAGCAGUUAAGACUUCUGAUAAUUUAGGCAUAAGCAAAUUUCUUCUUCCUUCCAAAAUAUUAAUGCUGUUUGAAUCAAACUUUAUUAACUUUAACAUCUCAAGAAAAAUGAUCUCUUAAAUUUAACCAUUUUUUACAUUUAUAUAUUGCUUCUUACACUUUGUUGAGUUUAUAUCUCACAUUAUUCAUAUUUCUUGCAAAAAAACCUUCAACUUUUCAUUAUAUAUUGCUCUCAAGCGCAAACAGCAAAUGCGUUUAUAUUUAUUUUAAUUAUAACGCCUACUAUUUAUAAUUUACUACUUGGCAAAUGAAUUUACCUGCUGAGUCAGUCAAGGCUUGCUUGAUCUUGUGACUUAGUUUAAUGGCCAAUUAAUGCGACUACAUGCAGCCAUCAGAGAAUUAUACAUAGCAACACUACAGUAAUUUCUUUCGCCCUCAGGUGAAGGAGCCAAAUAUUUAUGUCUUCUAUAAAGUGUACAGCCUAGUACUAAUAUUUUAUCAUAAUGGCAGUGCUCACAUCUUUGAAGCAAUCAUCGCUUAUACAUCUUAUGUUUGCCAUUACGUUUUUUACAUCGGGCUUGAUAAUAAAUUUCUUCCAAUGUGUUUUAUACUUUGGACUGAGACCAUUUUCGAAGUAUCUUUAUCGCAAGAUUAAUUACUAUCUUUGUUACUCCUUCUACUGUCAGUUAGUAUUCAUGGCAGAAUGGUGGGCAGGGUCGGAUGUUAUAUUGUAUAUAGAUAAAAAGGACUUUGAUAAAUAUUAUGGCAAUGAGCAUGGCUAUCUUUUAAUGAAUCACAGUUACGAGGCCGAUUGGUUGAUAGGCUGGCUACUGUGCGAUCGUGUAAGAUUAUUGGGCAAUUGUAAAGCAUAUGCUAAGAAAUCGAUACAAUACAUUCCCACUUUGGGAUGGGCGUGGAAAUUUGCAGAGAGCAUUUUUCUUGAGAGGAGUUGGGAAAAGGACAAGGAGAAUAUUAAAGGUCAAAUUAGAGAAUUGGUCGAAUAUCCUGAUACGAUGUGGUUGCUGCUCUACCCUGAGGGCACGCGUUUUACCCCAAAGAAACUGGAAGCCAGUCAAAAGUUUGCGAUAGAGAAAGGUCUGCCAGUGUUGAAAUAUCACUUGACACCACGCACAAAAGGCUUCACCGCCAGUAUAAAUCACAUGAGAGGCAAAGCGACAGCUAUCUACGACAUUCAAAUGGCAUUCAAACCAUCUGACCCAAUAAAGCCGACCAUGAAGAAUCUCCUCUUUGGAAAACGACUAGAAGGCCAUAUGUAUGCCAAAAGAAUUCCUAUCGACGAAGUGCCAGAAGGAGAUGAGGCUGCUGCUGAGUGGCUGCACAAGCUCUAUCAGCAGAAGGAUCGUAUGGCGGAGAGCUUUUAUAAGACCGGCGAUUUCUUCGCCACGAGCGGAGUGCCUAGGACAGACUCGUUCACGUUAAAGAGAAGGUACUACUCCCUCAUUAACACUACAUUCUGGGCGAUAGUAGUCCUUGUACCAAUGCUGUAUUACCUUAUAAAGCUCUUCUUGUCCGGCUCGACCGUCUACUUCAGCAUUGGAGUUGCAAUUAUCCUUCUAUUUUAUCUGCUAAUGUACAAAACCAUCGGAAUGUCGGAGAUAAGCAAAGGUUCAUCAUACGGCGCGGCCGAAAUCAAGAAGGACAAAUAAUUCCAAAGCAAUCGGUGACAAAGAAUAACUUUUGUGAAAAAAUGUGUCAAAGUAAAGAUCCACAGCGAUAAUUGUGUGAUUUUGGUAUGGGAGGGAGAAAAAAACUGCAGAGGGAGACAGAGAAAAGCAGAUAUAUAUACAUUUGAUUUAUA